AUGAAUGGUCAAACCACCAAUGGUCAUUCAACACCCCCUUUACGUAAAACAUCAAGACAGAAUGGUUAUGUUAACAAAAUUAUACAACAAAAUGGUUUCGGCAAGAAAUUGAAAAAAAAUGGUCCAUUAAUUUCUGUAAAUGGUACAACCGGUGGAGGAUCAGGUGAACAACGGUUUGAUGCACACUUUAAAGUGCUACUGCUGGGUAAUUCUGGUGUCGGAAAGACAUCUAUACUUAGAACACUUGUCGGUGAAACAUUUUAUCAGACAACAAUAUCAACUAUAGGCAUUGACUUGAUAAAAAAGAUAUUCACUGUUGGCAGUCAUCGUAUACAGCUGGAAGUGUGGGAUACUGCAGGUCAAGAACAAUACCAUUCUAUUGUAUCUCUACAUUUUCGAGAGGCUAAAUGUUUCAUAAUUGUUUAUGAUGUCACAGAUUUGGAAUCAUUUGAACAAAUACGUAAAUAUUGGUUAAGAUCUGUGGAUGAACAUAUGGACGAUGCAGUGCCAGUUUUCUUUGUAGCCAAUAAAACUGAUAUGGUUAAAGAUAUCAAGGUAUCAACAGAACAAGGUCAAAGGUUAACAUCACAACAAGCAGCUCAUGGAUUUUUUGAAACCAGUGCAAAAACCGGUAAAAAUAUACAGAAUUUAUUUCAAGCAGUUGCUGAAUCUAUGGUUUCUACAUGGGGUGCACCAAAACUUGAAACCACACAGUACUUUUGGUUCAUGUAUGGAAUUUCCAGCCUGUGAUACCGGUAGCCCAAAUUUUACAGGAUGACCAUUGAUAUCAGGUGUGCGUCUGCAGGGAAUCGAACCCCAGACCGUGUGCGUGGUUGGCGAGAGUCCUAACCACUGUGCCACUGUGCUAACUAACUUACUAACUAGCCCGUGUGGUUUCCGAACACUGCCAAACACUUUGAAACGACGUCGAAAUAGUUGUUAAGUGUAACUUUCUCUCACUUGCAUUACUCAGAAUGAUAUUGAUUCCUGAUUAGAACUUCAUCAAAAUCAAUAAUAUCUUUAAGAAUGUUUAUGCUAG